UCACAUUUUAGUCGAGUAGUGAAAGUCGUCGCAAAGCAACAGUUACCUAAAACGGUUUAAACCGCUUUCGUUUGGUUGUAUAAUAACACAAUUAAAAAAAAAUAUUUUUAAUCCUUAAGGAUUCAAAAUGUUAACAUAUUUGUUAUUGGUGUCUUGUACGACUCUUUUCGUAUACGGUUUAUACAAAUAUGCUGUGUCGAAACCAAAAGGAUUUCCACCCGCUAUUCCUCGCGUUCCCUUCUUUGGCAGUUAUUUGUUCAUGUUAAUGGUGAAUUCCCGCAUGCUACACAAAGCUGUUUCACAAUUUGCAAAAUGGUUGAAAACGGAUAUAAUUGGUCUGUUCAUGGGUAAUUUUCCCUUUGUUGUUGUCCACAAUCCUGAUGCUGUACGUGAAGUAUUAAAUCGGCCUGAAUUCGAUGGCCGUCCAUCGUCGUUUAUUGCCGAAAUACGAGAGCCCAAUAGGAAAAUUUCUGGAAUUUUCUUCAUAGAUGGUCCCGAAUGGGAGGAGCAAAGACGUUUCAUUCUCCGCUAUUUAAGAGAUUUUGGGUUUGGGCGACGUUCCGAUCAAUUAGAAGCCGUGAUGCAAGAAGAAUUAACUGACAUGUUAAGUUUAAUACGCAAUGGACCCAAAUAUGAACACGAGAAGCAAUUUGUCAGAGAAGGCGGCUAUCGUAUCCUACUAUCCUAUUUCUUUAAUCCCUUCUCAGCCAACAGUAUCUAUCAGUGCGUUUUCAACGAACGAAUUCCAAGAGCUGAACAAGCGGAUAUGUGGAAAUUGAUCCUUAUGCUUGUUCAAUUCCAACGCACCGGUGAUGAUUAUGGUAAAGUUUUAGGUAUUAUGCCUUGGAUCCGACACAUAUUCCCCAACUGGAGUUCAUAUAAUAAAUUAAUGGAAUCGAAUCGUUAUGUUUACAAUUUCUAUGAGAAAAUGAUAAAUCACUACAUUGAGACGUAUGAUGAAUCGGCUGAUCGCAACUUUGUCGAUUUGUAUAUCAAAGAAAUGAAAAAGGCCGAGGAAGAGGGUAAAGGCGAUACAACAUCUUUUAAACACAAUCAACUUGUUAUGGCAAUGAUCGAUUUUACAUUCCCCGCCAUCACCAAUAUGGGUACAACAAUGGCAUUUUUAAUCCAAUAUCUGUUGCAUUAUCCGGAGGUUCAGAAGAAAAUCCAAAAUGAAAUUGACAAUGUUGUCGGCUCAGGUCGUUUGCCAACAUUAGAUGAUCGUAAAGAUUUAUCUUACACCGAAGCAUGUAUAAGAGAAAUUAUGCGAAUUGAGACGCUGGUUCCUUCGAAUGUUGCACAUCGGGCAAAAGUAGAUACAGAACUAAUGGGAUAUCAUUUGCCAAAGGAUACAAUAGUCUUGACUAGCUUAAAGUCCGUUAAUAAUGAUGAAACUAUAUGGGGUGAUCCGAAGAAUUUCCGACCUGAAAGAUUUUUAGAUGACAAUGGAAAGUUGUGCCUAAAGAAAGACGUUUCGCUACCAUUUGCUGCUGGCAAACGUCUGUGCGCUGGUGAAACAUUUGCUCGCAACAUGUUAUUCCUGAUGACCACAACCAUGUUACAAAAUUUCAACUUUGUAUUGGGUCCAAAUGACAAAUUACCCGAUAUGAGUGUACGUCUGAGUGGUUUGACUUCGGCUCCCAUGGACUAUUGGGUGCAAUUAGAAGACAGAAUGUAACACCAAAAAAAAAAAAAAAAAAAGAGAACAGAGAACAGAGACAAGCAUUUAUAGUUUAAGAUGUGUAUUAUAUUAGGUUAGAAUGAAUUUUCAGAUCGUGUUGCGAUUUUGAACAAUUGGUUGUCAUUAUAUGUAUGGCUUUAAUUUUUUACAUUGCUUUUAAUAAAAAUGGAUUUUUUUUAAA